AUGCCGGAUCAAGAUGUGGAAAACAAGAGGCGCAAGAAAAGCAUCAUCAUGGGCGAUGAAGUAAAGCAGAAAUCAAAAGGAAAAGAGGUGAUGGAUGAAUGCCACACAAUCAAGAAGCAACCAAAUAAGAUUUUGUAUUUGGAUGCCCUCGACACUGGUGAUAUUGUAGAUCAAACUGCAAAAGUAAGAGCUUCUGUUUGGACACGAAGCUUGGUUACCAGAAUCACUACAAUGGACAAGGUAUCCAGCACUGAAUUCGGGAAGUUACGUCUCAAAGCUAAGUACCAAAUGAACUCCCCCAACAUGCUCAUACAACCAGAAAGGAUUGAUGAGUUUGUCAACUCCAACAUGCCCGCUGAAUCAGUCACCAUGUAUAGGAACACCUUCAAGCAAGCCAUCAGCGAGUUCAGCUUGGCCAUCAAUGAAGCAGUGGUAAAUCUUACCUUCAAACUGUCUCAAGGCGGCAAGCAGCCAACGAUCAGCACAGGUGCACCAGCAAGAGCACAGAGCACACGUGCAGCUGCGGCAGAAAAACAGAGCAGCUCGGCAGCAACAAAAGACGAAGAUGCUGAGUUCGAAGAUAAAAGUGACACACCCUCCGGGGGGAUCUCGAGUACGCUGAGGAGUCUGAAGACGAGCCCAUUGUUAAUUGUGAGCGCAGAUCCAAAAGAAAACAAGAUGAUGGGGGAAAGGGUCAGGAAAGUAGUAGUGAGGAAUUGGAAGAUUAUGCCGAUUCAGAUUCUGGCAACGAUCGGGGAGAAGAUGGGGGAGAAGAUCGGGAAGAUGAGCCUAUUGUUAGUAGGGAUAUAAAUGAGGGAUCUCAACUUGCUUGCAACACCCAGUCGCUAGACAUUGAUAUCACUGGCUUUACUGCAACACAAAGAGAUGGUACACAAGAAGUUGACAUCACUGG